CCCCGGCCUCCCUCUCCCCGUUGCAUUCUGGGAAACCCGGCCGCCUCUGUCCCGCGAUGCUUCAUGGGGGUUGUAGUUUUCCUGUCAGGUCGAGGCGGAGGGAAGCUGGGGAAGAUUGCUCCUCCUUCUCCUUCGGGGCUCGUUUGAGAACCGGAGUUCGUGGUGCGGAGAAGGAGGGGGGGGACCCUCGAUGGAAAAACGGGAAGGAUCCAGAUUCUGAUGAAGAAGCUGGGGCUUCUGGUCUGACAGAAAUGGAAUUUUUGAAGAACCUCUUGUCCCGGACGCUGAACUUGGGCAGUGAAAAACCUGAAAAGGUGCUGGAUGAGCUGACGUUGGAGGGUGUGAGCAGGUUCAUGCUUAGUGAAAAAUGCAAGAGGGUAAUAUGUAUGGUCGGAGCAGGAAUCUCAACGGCUGCUGGGAUCCCAGAUUUCCGUUCACCGGGUACAGGACUGUACGCCAAUCUGCAGCAAUACAACUUACCAUACCCUGAAGCUAUCUUUGAGAUUGGCUACUUCAAGCAACACCCAGAGCCCUUCUUUGCCUUGGCCCGGGAGCUGUACCCAGGACAGUUCAAGCCCACAAUCUGUCACUACUUCAUGCGCCUCCUCAAGGAGAAAGGGCUGCUGCUGCGCUGCUACACCCAGAACAUCGACACCUUGGAACGGGUGGCAGGCCUGGGUAACGAAGAUUUGGUGGAAGCUCAUGGCACCUUUUUUACCUCCCACUGCACAGGUUCCUUCUGCAGGGAAAUGUACAGCUUGGACUGGAUGAAAGAAAAGAUCUUCUCCUCUGCCAUUCCCAAGUGUGAAAAAUGCCAGAAUGUAGUGAAGCCAGAUAUCGUGUUUUUUGGGGAGAAUUUGCCCUCUCGUUUCUUCUCUCUGAUGAAGUCAGAUUUCCGUGAUGUAGACUUGCUUAUCAUCAUGGGCACCUCCCUUCAGGUCCAGCCCUUUGCCUCACUGGUCAGCAGGGUGCCUACAAACACACCACGGCUCCUCAUCAAUAAGGAAAAGACUGGAGAGAGUGAUCCUUUCAUGUCCUUGAUGGGCUUUGGCUGCGGGAUGGACUUCGACUCAGAAAAGGCAUACCGGGAUGUGGCACAACUUGGAGACUGUGACAAGGGCUGCCUAGCUUUAGCAGAGCUGCUGGGAUGGAAGAAAGAGCUGGAAGAACUGGUGAAAAGGGAGCACGCGGCCAUAGAUGCUAAGUCAGGGCAAGCUAUUGGAGAUGGGGCCAGUGCGACCCAUCCUUCAGGAAAGGAGCAGCAGAAGCCCUCCCCAAAGAAGGAAGCCCUUCCUCCCAGCAAAGAAGAAUGAAGAAUCGGGACACAACCAAAGGUCCCCCUCUGUGGACAAAUUAAAAAUCACAGUGAAUACAGAAUGAGUGAUCCUUGCCGCUUGCGCCCUUGUCUGAGUUGACGUUCUGGAGAGACUUGGCUGCCAGGGAAGGCUUCUGCCUGGGUAAUGAGGCAGUGAGGGGGGCAGCCAGGUGAAUGUGAGGAGCGGUGGAAUAAAAGUUUAGGAGGCCAACUUGCCACCUCGGCCAUGCCUUGCCUUCUGACCUGGAGGGUGAUUGGAGUCUUGAAUGAUGGGUGAGGCGUGAAUGGUCAGAUUAGCCAUUUGACUGUUUCUUUCUGAUUUUUGUUCAAGUUGCAGGGAAGGGGACCCUAAGUAACGUGAAAGAGAGUAGCUGUAACUGGAAGGGACGCUGGGUAGGUGGGUGGGUGGAUAAAACCUGGCUUGAUCUUAGUCCUUGCAUCUCUGCUGGUCUUCCUCAGAAGUAGUUUAUACCUGGCUUGGCCAGGGAAGGUCAUUGGUUGGAGUGUUGGCUGAAUCAGUCUUUAGAUUCUGGUAUGAUAGCAGUCUUUAACAACAUAUGAUUUUUGCCUCUGUCAUUUGCGUUAAUCUAUUAUAAGCAGCAAUUAAACAUGAGCACCUUAAUAUCAAAA